ACAAAACAAUUUAAUUUGUCAAAAAGGAAACAAAAUAGUACAAUUCAACAUCUCCACAACCAUCCGCGGCGAAACGAUGGUAAAAGUCCCAAUAAAUUUUAUUAGUGAUUUUAAUUAACUGUGUGCAAUUUAAUGUCAAAUUUAGUAUUCCGGAAAAUUGUAGUGGUAGUUAUUUAUUUGAUAAAUUUAAUUAAUAACACGGUUGCUAUAUGCAACCCUUAUUUACUCUAACACACCCCUGUAAAAAACCAAAAAUACCCUUUACUCUAUUUUCCAAUCUCUCCCGCAACUGGAAUCUCUCUCUGAAGAAAGACUCUCUACUCUCUCCCGAAACUGGAAAAUUGAAGAACAUAAAUUGGGAAUUGAAGAACGAAAAUUGAAUCUCUCUCCUUCUAUUUUCAUUUUCUUUCCUGGUUUCGUCCGUUCGUGAAAAUCGAAGAACAGAAAUUGAGAACGGGGAUUGAAGAACGAAAAUUGAAGAACCGUCUUCAACACAUCAAGGUUUCACAAUCAAAAUCAAUCAAUCUCGUAUAACUACAAGAUGACAAACGGAAGUAAAAAUCGAUUGCAAAAUAGGGCUAUUACUACCUCUGCUAGGGCAAAGCGCGUUGCUAGGAGGUCAUCUCAAGGCCGGGAAACUCAGAACAACAAUAACCAAGUUGUGAGAAUAGAAUCCGACAAUGACGUAGAACUUGGAAACAAUGGUCAAUUGGGUAACAAUACUCAAAACACUACUGACUUCCAAGAUGAGGAACUCGAUGGAAAUAAUGAUAAGGAACAACCGGGUAAGAAAUGCACAUGGAAGAAAAGACCUCGUACCUUUGAUUGGCAGUUGACUGCUGCAGCACCUGGUGGUCCAUUAUCAACUGAGUUACUUCGUGGUUAUUGUGGCCAUGUCGCGUGCGAUAUUUGGGAGAACAAUCAUGAACGUGGAUGUUUGGUAAUACAAUCACGAACACAAGCUCUUGAUCUUUUUGAGUUUGAUGCAACAAAUGCUUGGUGUUUAUUGGUGAAAAGCACUGGAUUAAGUCAUUUACGUAAUUGUGUGUUUCCUCAUCAUAAUUCACCUUUAAUUUCUGCUUUUGUUGAGAGAUGGCAUCCAGAAAUUAAUAGUUUUCAUUUACCAUUUGGAGAAAUGACCAUAACACUCCAUGAUGUAUCGUUAAUAAUGGGUCUUCCCAUAGAUGGCAUUGCCGUCAACCACCCACUAUUACAAAAAGGGCAACGUGAAUCUCUUUUUAAAGCCAUCUCUAAUUUACUAGACAUUGAAGAAGACCAGGUCAUAAGUGACCACUCCCGUGGUGGUAUUAAAUUGCCAGAAAUAAGAGAGAGUUUGUUAAAGGAUAAUAAUAAAUUUAGUGUGGAUGCUAUUGCUAAAGGGUAUCUGGUGUCGUUGCUCGCAUCUACAUUAUUCAUUGAUAAAACAACAGAUCGAGUUUCUACAUCACUGUUUCCUCUAGUUAGCGACCCUGUUAACGUUAAUACCUACUCUUGGGCCUCAUCGACACUUGCUUUUCUAUAUCGUGAACUUGGAAAGGCAUCAAGAGCUGGAUGUAAACAAUUAGCUGGCCCAUCCACUCUUCUAGAGGCUUGGAUUUAUGAGUAUUUUCCUAUGUUCCGGCCUAGAGUGAACUCAAAUUUCAGCCCGGCCUAGAGUGAACUCAAAUUUCAGCCCGGGUGUUCACCCACGGGCUAUGAAAUGGGACGCCCAAACAUCCACAGCAAAGCUGCUUCCAACAUUGCAAGGGCAUCGAUGGAGAUUAGACAACAUGAAAGCUAAAGAGGUUAUAUGGAUGCCAUAUGGUUUGGAUGUAGUUGAAAACUUUCCAUUAACUUUAUAUCAUGGUUGCAUUCGUCAUUGCUCUAUAAUAGAGCCGUACAUGCCGGACCGUGUAUUACGACAAUUUGGAUUUGUGCAAACUCCACCUAUGACACCUAUUCUUCCAAGCAAUGAAUAUAAACCUUCACAUUCUUACUCUGUUGAAUAUCCCGAAGCUAUUAUGUGCUUUUGGAAUGACCCAACUUCUCAUUGUUUGAGUCAAAAAAGGAUAGGUGAUUUUGUACAAAAUCCAUGGGAUUGUUCUUCAGAUUAUAGGCAGUGGUUUUUGCAACGUACACAUCCCAAAGUGCAAAAUCCAGAUCAUGCACCUAAUGGUUAUCGGACUAGACAUCAAUUGAACGCUGAAGCGUUACUCCACUUGAUUGCUCAUUAUUUACGUCCGGUGUAUCCUGAGACACGUUCACGGUUGAGCUUGGAGCAACAAUAUCACUAUUUUGACCGUGCCAUCAACGUGUUAAGAGACUUUGAGAAUGCUCAGAUUAUAGAACCACAACAUGCACAAGGACAAUGUCGUCGAAAGUAAAUUAUUUUUUUGAUUGAUAGAGUUGUUUAUAGGAAUAAAAGAGUGUUUCUAACAUUUUUUUUUAAAGCCCAUAGUAGUUUUAUGGACUAAUAUAGAGAAUAGAUGGUUUAGUUAUAGUUCAUGUGGUAGUUGGUACCCUUAUUUUUCUGUUUUGGGUUAAAGGGUAUAUGAUUUCUUUUGUGUCUACUGUUAUUUGAGGAUAUUUGAGGAUAACAGGGAUCCACUUUUUGAGAAUGCAAUAACAUUUAUAGACGAUUGAAGUUUCA